AUGUCCUUCAAAAAUAUUUCGCUGAGCAUUGUAUUGCUCGCUGCGAGCCUGAAACUCGCCAAUGCUCAAACUCCCUCCUAUCGCGGUGACCUGAUGAUUCAGCCUCGACGCAACAACGGCAAGUGUUUGACCGCCAACUCCAACUCCGACGGUGCCCCAGUUACCAUCCAAUCCUGCACCGGUGCCGAUGCACAGCGAUGGGUCUUCAAUGAUGGAAGUGUCAAAGUCUUCGGCAACAAAUGUUUGGAUGUGGUUGAUGGUGCCAAUGCAGACGGUACCAAGUUGCAGAUUUGGACGUGCUCAGACAACCAUAACGCCAACCAACAAUGGUACUAUUCUGGCGAUCGCCACCUUGCUUGGACUGAUCAUGGAAGAUGUGUGGAUUUGACCGACGGAAGUGUCGCCGACGGAAACAGGCCUCAACUCUGGUCUUGCGAUGGCGGUAACACCAACCAGUUCUGGAACGUCGGUUACUCAGCAAACAACCUUCCCCAGACUAGUCAGGACGGUCAAAGUGGUUACAACAACUGUGGCACUGGAAACAGUCAGGAUUCACUCUGCCAAACCGCCUGGCUCAACUCUGCCAGUGAUUUCUGUGUCUGGGCUCCUCCUAGCGUGGCCAGUAUUGGUGACUCUGAGCGUGUCGUUGUGGCAUAUUGCACUGCCUCAGGCCGCGGAACUCGCCUUAUUCCCGACGGAACUCUCAAGGGUGUUCACUUCGUGAAGACACCGGAAUAUAUCCAGGUCACUGGUGUUGGUGACUUUACUAAAAUUAACGUCCCCAAUGGUGAUGAAGGAGGAGAGCUCGAUCCUCACGGUGCGGAUGGCAAUGGUAACCCAGUCGGUGGACUCGUCUUUGGUAACACCUUUGGCCAAGCUCAGCAAUACCACGAAUGGACCUCCUUCAUCUCCUACAACGAGUUCUGUUUCCGUGCAUGUGUUGGUGCUGACUCUGCUACGCGUUGUCAACACAUCUACGACCUCAUGGGCUGCAGUUGGAACAUCCCUGGUAACUACAAUGCUGGCACCUUUGAGAACUGUGACGGUGACAUGACUGAGCCCAUGGGUGUUUAUGGUACUUCAACUUGGUACCAGGGUGUUGAGCCUACCCCUACCGGUCAUCCCGCUGCUCCCUCUUCUAACUGCCAAGCUCUCCCCACUGUUGCCGUUGGCAGCCCUGCUAGGAAACGGAGGGAUUCCGGCUUUGAAAAAGUCAAGAGGGCUUAG